CUGUCACAGGAGGGAGUGCCCAGUAACAGGAGGGUGUCCCUGCUGCUCACUCUGUGACUGACACACUGGGAUUUACUAUGGAGAAGUGAAGUGCGAGCAGCAACCUGUGGUGAAACCCUUCAAAUCGAAUAUGAUGGGAAUGUAAGAAAAAUGCUGGCACCAGUUCGCAUUUGUUUCCAAGACAUGGAUGAAGAAGAGAUUUUGAUUGCAGAAUACACAAAUGAAGAUAAUGAAGUUGAAGUUUUUGACGUCAACUUAUCUUCUCCUUCUGAUUCAGAUACAAAGAGUGAGGAACUAAGUCAAAAUACUCUAAAUGAGGAACCCCACGCAAAAGAUGAGCAACUCAUCACGGACACUGCAUUAGAAAAAAGGCCCAAAAAGGCAAAUAUUCCUCCACUUAUUUUAAUGGAGAUAGGAGAUGGGAGCUACACUACACCAUUCCAAUUCGAUAGACAGGCACUUGGCAGGAUAUCCACCUCUCCGACACUGCGGAGGCUGAGGAAAAGUACUGUGGGAAACUUCACGCCAUUACAGGAUGUUUUUGAUGUCUCCAAGUUCCCAGUUCACAAGGAGGAAUGUAUCGGGGACAAUGAAUCUUGUGUGUCUCAAAACUUAGAAGACCAUGUGAAGACCUAUGAUCAUUUAGACCCUGCUCUCCACACUAAUUAUACCGAUGAUGAAAAGUCUCCUGAACACAAAUGCAAUGGAGCAACCACAGCCGAAACAAAAGGAGGUCCUGAAAUAACCAACUAUUGUGCCCAGAUGAAGGCGUUCCAGCAGUCACAGCAGAGUGAACGAAGACGUAGUUCUGUGGUAUUGAGCAUACCAGGACUGGAGGUGUUCCCGGGAGAUCUUCUGGUUUCAGAUGGUGCUUCUGAUUACAUGUAUCAUGCCCCAUGGCUUCCUCAAAGUGAUGUCAAGAAACCAAAAUGGCCUUUCUCUAAGAAAGCAUCGUUCAUCAAAGGCAAACAAAAGCAAACUCCAGAUUUGGAGAACUGUCUCUUAACCUUCAAGGUUCCAGAUUUCACUGAAUAUGAAUUCUAUAACAUUAAGGAUAAAAUAUGGGAUGAAUUCAGAGAUAUGCAGACCAACGAGACUAAACAGAUGAUAAGUUCUUCAAACAGAAAAAGACAAGCGUCCAUUUGGGAACUUUUUACCUCUGAAUGUACUUACUUUUUGGAACAUUUACUAGUUCUAAAAAUGAUAUUUGUUAAUGCACUAAAGCACUUACAGAACAAUGAUCAUCUGUUGGAUGUGGAUCCAGCUAGGCUCUUUGCCAAUUUGGAGGAACUGAAUCAGGAAAGCCUGAAUUUUGCUCAAAGCCUGUUUAAUACUAUUAAAAGCAGAGAACUUGGAUCAACAACUACCUUCUCAUUACCACUAGCGGACUUACUAACAAAGUAUUUCAAGGAUAAUCUCUGCUUAAGUCAUCAGAUCUACUGCUUGAAUUACACAUCCGCCAUCAUCUACUUGGAGACUCUAAAGCAAAGAGAAGAUUUUGCAGCAUAUUCAAAAUGGUGUGAACAGCAGGAGCAGUGCAGGCGGCUGCACCUCACUGAUUUACUGGUAGCACCAUUACAUCGACUCACCCGAUAUCCACUGCUCCUUAAGAACAUAUGGAAAAAAAGUAACGAUGCUGCUGAGAAAGUUUCCAUCUAUUCGAUGAAGGAGAAAGUCGAAAGUUCCAUAAGAGAUCUUGAAGGGAGAGUGAAAUGGCUGGAUAAGUCACAGAAAUUCAAACAACUUCAGGAUGUAAUUGGAUGGCCAUGUCUAUGGGAGAGAGACAAACGAUUCUUCAUCCCAGAGGGCUUGAAGCACUAUUUUAAAGACACCAAUGUCGAGACCAUACUUUCUUCUCCCAAUAGACACCUCCUCUAUGAGGGGAGACUUACCAUGACAGAGAGCACACGUCUACUCGAUGUAUACCUGCUGCUUUUUGAUGACUUUCUGCUAAUUACAAAGAUUAAAAGAAACAAACGGAAGUCUUCGAAUCUAGAAGCCAGUACAACAUAUCCGUCUUUACACCCAGAGCUGCAGACCAUCGUGAAAGAGGGAGGUUAUUGUAAGGUUGUGGACCAGCCAAUUCCACUUGACAGAUUGACCGUUAAAAGCAUUGACCUCUUCCAUGUCACAGUGUAUGGAAUGAAGCAUGCAUUUCUGAUCCAGCAUGAGAAUCGCUAUCAGCAGUGUAUUGCUGCCUUCAUUUUCCAAGCAAAUACUGAAUCAGCUAAGAAAAUGUGGAUCUCACAAAUUGAAACUGCCAUUUCUUGCUACAGUGAAGCCUAUGAAUCAAACAGAACAUCAUUAUUUGGCCAUCCUGUGGAGUCUGCUGAAAUCUAGCUGUGUUCUCUGCAGGACAUCUGAAUUUCAUUGACAUGUUUGGUUUACAGUUUAUUAAUGCUCUUUGUCUCUAUAGAAUUUGUAACAUAUUGCAAAUAUUAUUUAAUAACACUUGCACUGUUUUUAUCACUGAACUUUUUGAUAUUGUACAUACUUGUAGUGAUAAUUUUUUUCCAAGC